AUGAAUACAAAUGAAGAUACUUCUCCAGAGGGGCUGCCAGUUUCAUCUGGCGAACAAGGCGACCUAAUAGACCAUCCCCAGUUCGUAGUCGAAACCAGCUCCUCCCAACCAGUUCUCUUCUGCGACGUCAACCUCUCGCAACGAGAUGUCCACAACUGGUCCAAGAAAGAUGCUUUUCGCCAUUUCUACGUGAACUGGCGCGAAGGAAUGAACCAAGUCUUCCAAUUCACUUUCCGCCCCUCAAUCAACCACACCGAAACCAACGACUUCGUCUACAUCAACACCGCACAACCCAUCCAAACAGAUCCCUCCUGGGGCUUCAUCCUCUUCAACAAAGAAAAAGGAAUCCUAUCUUUCAAUAUCAGAGACGGCCUGAAGCUCCACAGAUACCUCGACCAUGGCCAGCUGUCAGUGUCGUCAAACAAUCUCCUCAAAGCCGCGAUGGUCAUGACUCUGGCUGGGUAUCAGGUGCGUUUCGAGAGCCGUCAGAAUCAGUGGGAUUUCUUUUUUGGUGAGACUGGGUCAUUCUGUUUUACGAGGAGUUCGUCGACGGAGGAUGUGUUUUUAACAUCGCUAAAUCAGUUUUCGAAUGGGAGUGCUCCGCCUGAGAGGGUUUCUACGGAGGAUUUGGCUAUAACGAUUGGCUCUGGAGGAUUUGCGGCGCAUCGCAUGGUUACGCAUGAGCAGCUAGUUAAGUGGCUCGGGAUUACUAUUGAGAUAACGAACUUUUUCCAACCGCAUCAACUCAUCUGUACUCCACACGGUGAUAUUAUCUGUGACCCUGAAUUUGUGAACAAGAUCUUCGUCAACGGGAUUCAAGUCUCGAAUCCGAAAGUUGGGUCCUUUCUGUUAGGGUACCAUUUCCGCGAUGACCAGCUCGCAUCUGAUGGCGUCUUGGUUCUCUCUGACGACGAGGCGAGGCUGCGGACUCUGAUCUGGGAGACAGCUAUAAGGGCGAAUGCGCAAAAUGCCAGAGUGCUUAUUGCGCUUCUGAGGCUUAAUCCGGGCGCGCUUGAUGUCAGGAGAGUGGAAAGGUAUCUGGAGAUUGAGAGUGCGAGGAGGAUUUGGGAGGUGUUGGUGGAGGACUUGGGGAGGGAGAGGAUAUUUUGUCAGGAGACGGAUGACUUGUACGAAGUCAAAAGGCGCACAAGCAGAGAGAUUGUGGUCCUGACCAGCGCUCUUUGGUCAAUACUCCGUACUCCGCUACUGAUUCGCACCUGGACCGAAGAAAUCCUCUAUAAGGCUCCCCCAUCUGAACCCACACUCGACACCCCCUUCGCCAUAACAACGAAACGCAUCUUCGACACCCUAAUCCAACUUGACCCCAUAACCGCCAGUCUAACCAUAACCUGGGUGGAUCAUCCCCUCAUUUCGCCUCUAGUUUACGCCGACGCAAAGAGCCAGCGCAUCGUGCUAACUGUGCAGAAAAUGGCUUCUGAGAGGCUCGAGGAGAUGCCGAGGUGUGUUGAGGUGGUUAGUGAUACUAUGGAUCCGAGUCGGGUGUUCGUGACGUGGGAGCUAGGGCUGUCGCAACAGGCUGUAAAGUUCGUGCAGAGUGGGUACCAUGUUGUGCUUCAUAGGAGCGAUUGUGUGGUUGCUUUGGUGCAGCUUGUGCAUGAUGGUGGAGUAGAUGCUUCAUCUCCCACAGCACCAUGCGGCUGUCUCCAUAGGGUCGUUGGCCGACAAGAAACCGAAGCCACGUUUGAAAGCCUCUCUCCCAUGCAAGCAUACAUACCUGUCGUCUCCCUCAACACCAAAAACUCCAUAUACGCAUCCAUCACCAAACCCUCAAAUCCCAACCGACCAGUCUCUGCAUCUCCACCCCAAAAAGCAACAGACCCAUCCAAAAUUGAAGCAAUCCGCCGCAAACACUCGGUGAAAUUCAACGAGAACUGGCAGAAAACAACCUUUCCCAUCCUAUUCGCGCAGUUCACCCCGCGGAUUGGCAUUACCAGUCCUGGCCCUGAGUUGAUUGGUGCUUCUCCGCCUCUUCCCGUGGCUGUUUUGGAGAAUCUCCGUCUAAACUUCCGGUUCGAGAGGUCUCAGUACGUUAGUGUACGGGCACAUUUGGGCUUGGGGGAAGGAGAUGCGGAGCAGUUUAUUUUGUACAUUCAUGGGAUCCAUGUACCGGGCGCUAUGGAUCCUUUGCAGGGGGAAGGACGGUUGACUGUGACUGUAUUUUCAUUCUUGAGGACUACGUCUUUGUGUUUGUUUCAUCUGGGUUUGUCAUCGCUUGUACAGGGACAGGGGAAGGAGGACGUUGGAUUGCGGGAGUUGCUGCUGCAUUACCAGAACUUCGAUGCGAUGGGACAUCGACAGGAUGCGAUUAUCUUUCCGAUUGAGAGUAUCGAGAGUGUUGAAGCUGUCAGCCCAACUUAUUUGGGGCCAUUUGAGGCCGUGCAGUAUACCGUUGAUCCUCCUGACCCCUCGCGGACUGGCUACUACUGUCGCUUCGCAGUCCGCUGCAACGGACCACUCGAUUCCGCAGUCAUGAUGCCCGUCGCCUCGCAUUUGCUCACCCAUUCCAAGCGCUGGCCGGAACCGCAGUAUAUUUCCGGUGCACCGUCAGUUAUUGAUUUGACCCCAGGAUGUCUAGGGUCAGCGGAAGGGUUUGCGCAGGUUGGUGCGAGGAUUGAUGCGGCGAUGGGGUUUGAUGCUGUGAGAAAUUGCACGUGGAAGGCACGAUAUCCAUACGCCAAAGUCUACGACGGCCCCAUCGAAACCGUGCUCAACGACCUCAAAAGAAGAAGACUCAACCAACCCCCCAGCGACCCUCGCAGCCAAUCACCAAGAAUCAUCCUCCUCUCACUCCCUGAAAGGGAAAAUGCACUACAGCAAUGGGAUCGCAGUCUCGAGGAUGUAGAGAUCUUCCGGAAAAUGCCGUUAAUUAUCUCCGCGUUCACGCAGAGACCUGAUUUUCUCGUUCUUUCGCUUCCAACAUGGGUUCUUGUCGAGCGCGCGUGGCUUGAGUUGUUUAAGGGGAUUUGGACACUUCUGACAAGUCGGUAUGCGGUUCAUAUGCGACAUGUUUCUUUUACGGAUCAUGGGCUGGCUCGUGAGGGGUGCAUGCUUGUCAUUGUUGCUUCGUGCGUUCCGACGCCGAUUCCUUGGGAUGAUAUUUUCGCGACGACAACACCAAACCCGAAAGUCACCGUCCAAUCCGUCAUCAAAGACCUAGGCUUCUUCAAUCCCCGCAACUCCACCGGAUUUCAAACCAGCGGCACCGGCAUCGGCCUAAUCUGCAAAAACCCCCAAACCUCCACCGAUGUCUACAACCACCAAACCAUCACUCUCAAACCCCCCUCCAAUAACCUCCUCCGCCAAGAAAACACCUUAGACACCCCCCUCUCCCUCCCCCGCCUAACCACAACAACCCACCCCAUCAACCUCCCCCCACCCCUUCACCCGGCCGGCCCCAUCCUCUUCCCCUUCCUCCCCGCCGCGAUUCGUCCCCGCCCCGAUCUGCCGCACAAGUACACGCAGCCGGUGAAGAACCCACGCGGUGGCGAUCUGCUCAGUGUAAGAGAGAUUGCGCGCGUGCAGGGGUUUCCGGAUGAUUUUGUGUUCCUUGGGCAGGUUGAGUGGCAGAGGAGUGAGGUUUUGGGGGCUUGGCCGGUUUCUGUGGGGAGGUUGGUUGCGGUUGGGGUUAGGGGAAUUGUUAGGGAGUUUGGUGGGGUUGUUAGUUGUGUUGGUGGGAGAUUAAACAUGAAUGUGAAUGCAAAUGCUGUUCAGGAUACGGGUGCAAAUGUGAAUGUGAAUGCGAAUACAUGCAAGAAUACAAGCGGAAAUACUGUUACGAGUACCGGUGGCGAGCAGAAACAGACACAGAGGGGAAAGAAGAGGACCCGGGAAAGUUAG